CCGUGUUUAAAUGGGCGCUGUAGGAACAGCCAGGUGAAAAUUGAAAAACCCUACUCGGACUGUGUGUGUGUGUGUGAGAGAGAGAGAGAGAGAGAGAGAGAGAGUGGCAAUGUCAUCGUAUCAUUCGUGUGGAAUGAGGGUUUUCAGAGGGUGCAGGGCACUCUUAGCGCCAGCCAAAUCCGCAGCUGCCGAUGUAGCUAAUGCAAAGAGCACCACCACCACUGCCAGAUCAAAGCCAAAGCCAAAGCCAAGGCCAGCGAAGGCAAUCAAUCAGGUGACAGGUACAGGGUUAUCGUCUCCAAAGCUCAAAGCCCCAAAACGAGAAACGGCUGGACCCAGGGGCAUCCUGAAGUCGGUCCCAAUCUCCCCAGCGCUCCAGACCUUCAUGGGUGUGCCGGAGGCCUCUCGCAGCGGCGCCGUCAAGCAGAUCUGGUCCUACAUCAAGAGCCAGAACCUCCAGAAUCCUGCAGAUAAGAGGGAGAUCUUUUGCGAUGAGAAGCUGAAGGCCUUAUUUAGUGGAAAGGACAAGGUUGGGUUCCUGGAAAUUGGGAAAUUGCUCUCCCUCCACUUUGUUAAGACUAAUUAACUGCUGACUUUAGGUGUUUUGCUUAGGUUGGUGCUCUCAACUCUUUACUGAUGAAGCUCUUGUGACAUUUCUUUGAAACCCUUUUGGAUGUUAUUUUGUUUGAGAGCGAACUCUCUGGCUGUGUUUGACUUGAAAAAAAAUGUUUAGCUGGACAUGUUGUAAAAAGUACUUAGGAAAAUUGAGUAGAUUGUUUUCA